CAUCGACAUAUUCACACACAUUUUUCUAGUAAUGUAGAAAAACUUCACAGUAAGAUCUCUAAAACGAGACUCUAAUUCAAAAUUUACAAGCACAAAAGCCAAAGAUAAUAUUAAAAAUAAAACAACAAAACGCCAAAUUCUAGUUUAGCACACAGUCUCAACGUGCUCUAAAAACGAGUGGUGUAAGUGAAAAAUAUUGUCAAUUAUAAACAUUAUGGGACCAGUAGCAUUUGUUGCACCAAUCCAAAUACACAUACACUUAUCGCCUCAUCUCCCAUCUGUCGUCAUAAGUAACCAUACCUAACCCUACAUCAUUAUAAAUACCACCCUUUGUGUCCCACAAAUAAACAUCACAAACUAAACAAUAAACCAUACCACAAAAAAAAAAACAUGAAAAUCCUCUCACUUUCACUUCUCUUUCUCUUGGCAGCUACGGUCUCCCACGUCCGGUCUUCGGCUUCCGUUCCAGGGCUCAUCGAACUCCUCGAAUCGAACACCAUCUUUGGGGACGAAGCCGAACUCUUAGAGAAAGAGGGACUUUCCAUCAACUACCACAACUGUAGAAGCUGGCACCUUGGUGUUGAGACCUCUAACAUCAUAGACUUCGACACCGUGCCCGCAAAUUGCAAAGACUAUGUUGAAGACUACUUGAUCACUUCCAAACAAUAUCAAUCUGACUCCAAAACGGUGUGCAAAGAGGCUUAUUUCUAUGCCAAAGGACUUGCCCUAAAGAACGAUACCGUCAAUGUUUGGAUAUUUGACAUAGACGACACUCUCCUCUCUAGUAUCCCCUACUACGCCAAAUAUGGAUACGGGACACAGAACACAGCCCCGGGGGCGUACUGGUCGUGGUUAAGGUCCGGAGAAUCAACUCCAGGACUCCCGGAGACUUUGCAUCUAUACAGGAACCUCUUAGAACUCGGGAUUGAACCCAUCAUAAUCUCUGACCGAUGGAAGAGGUUGUCAGAAGUCACUCUCGAUAAUCUCAAGGCUGCUGGUGUGACAAAAUGGAAGCAUCUUAUAUUCAAGCCAAACCAUUCGAAAUUGCCGGAAGUGGUGUACAAGUCAAAGGUGAGGAAGAGCCUGGUGAAGAAAGGAUACAACAUCGUUGGGAAUAUUGGAGACCAAUGGGCUGAUUUGGUUGAGGAUACUCCUGGAAGGGUCUUUAAGCUCCCAAAUCCACUCUACUACGUACCUUCUUAAGCAUCUAUCAUCAUGUCUUUGUCCCCUUGUAUCCACUGCAUAUCUAUGUCUUUCCGUUUAUGUUUGUAGCCGUUUAGGCACCGCUGCAUAAAUAAAAUGUCUAUCCUAUCGUAACUUAAUAAGAACAAAGACUUCGUACUAAA